GGAGCCGGCGAAUGAGUCAGAACGGUCAGUUUUUUGGGUGCUUUCUCCCACACCUGACCGAAAGGGGCACGGCUGGCGGAUGCAGACACUUUCCACGGGGAAAUGGGAGCAGGCGGUUUUGCAUGGCCUUGAUUGUGGCCGGGCGGCGGCGGCGGCAGCAGCGGCCACAGAGCGCCAGUCUCCACGCGACACUCCGCCAGUGCAGUGCUCUCCGCGCCCCCACGCAACACGCUUCUCACUUUCUCAACAGUUUUCCCGCCUCGCGAGUGACAGCUACUCACCAAAGUGCGCCCAGUGAAGUGUAGUGUUGUACAAUAAAGGGAAUUACAAAACACCAAUCUGGAGGGAUUUCGAUCUAAACAAAGAGGCGUCGUGUGUGAUGCAGCGAUGCGGCGCUGCGCGCUGAGGGCUGCCCUGCUCGCGUGCCUGCUGCUGCCGCACGCAAGCGCAGAGUCCCUUCGAAGAUGUCCAGCGGAGGACAGCCCGUGCCCCGCCCGGUCCGGCCCCUGCGGCUCCGACCAGGAGUGUGGGCAGGACCAGAUCUGCUGCAACACCGCGUGUGGGCCCUCGUGUGUGGACCCGCUUAACACUGGUUGUGAGAACAUAAGACUGUCCCUGGAGCGGAUCUCGCGAGCCCUGGCCGUGGAGAACAGCCGCGGCGGGCGGGGCCUGCUGCGGGGCGUGCGGGCCCCGCGCUGUCGAGCCACCGACGGGGAGUUCGAGGAGAUCCAGUGCGACAACGAGAUCGUCAGCUCGUGCUGGUGCGUGGACCCUGCUGGAUUUGAGAUAGCCGGCACCCGAGCGCCGGCUGCGUCGCUGGUGAACUGCACCAGGACGGCCCCCUGCGCCGCGCACACCUGCCGCAUGCUCUGCCCGCUCGGCUUCGAGCUGGACGCUAAAGGCUGUCCGCUAUGCAAAUGCCGAGACCCGUGCUCGUCGAUCACAUGCCCGGGGCAGUUGUCCUGCCAGCUGGAGGAAACUCCCUGCAUAAGGCCCCCUUGCCCGCCAGUAGCCACGUGUAAACGUGGAAGAAGCCUGCAGAACAUUUGCCCGGUUGGCGAACCCUUGCUGAUUUCGGAAACCAACCGCCCGUUCUUGUGUGGUACUGACCCUGGCAAACCUAACUGCCCACCGCUCUACAGGUGUUUAGUUGAUCAAGGUAACGACUACGGCGUCUGCUGCCCUGCAUCACUGGAACUCCAGAAACCUUCAACUUGCCCUGCGCCGACUCUGGACGGAGAAUGUGGAAUACCGUGUACCCACGACCUGGAGUGCCCUUCCGUGCAGAAGUGUUGCGACGGAGCUGAAUGUGGCAGACAUUGCGUUCUUCCACAGAACGUCACUAAGUGCACGCAACAGAAGAUGUUAGCUGAACUCUUGGUCAUUAGCGAAAAAGAAGGAAAAGGUUACGUGCCCCAAUGCGCUGCCGAUGGAUCCUUCGAAUGGAGGCAGUGCUCAAGAAAUGGAUUAGUUUGCUGGUGUGUGGACUCUGACGGAAACAAGCUCCGUGGCUCGAUGGGGCCAGCGGCAUCAGUCCAAUGUUCCCCUUCAGUCGUCCAGGCUCGCAGUGGGGGCCGCUCCCUAGCCUCUGAGUGCGUGAAGGCUCUGUGUGCCGGAGUCUGCGAAUACGGAUACAAAACCGGCUCAGACGGAUGUCCUACAUGUGAAUGUGACGAUCCGUGUGCAGGAUAUCCCUGUCCUGACGGGGAAGAAUGCAUCAGGGUCAAAGCUUCAGACUGUGUUGGUGAACUUUGCACAGGUUAUCCAGUAUGUCGACCAUUAGUAUCCUACGACAACCCUUGUGAAGUAGGGACCCCAGCAUCGGACUCAGAGGGCAACUUGGUGUCAUGCAAAGUCGACGAUGACUGCCCAACAGAGCAUACAUGCAAUACAACAAGGAGAAACUCUGCAGCCGUAUGCUGCCCGGAUCCCAGUGGAUAUGAAAACUCAUCUGAAUCUUUCGUCAGUGAUAUGAUUCCAUCUUGCAGUGAAGAAGCCGAGGUGUAUUGUUCGUUGAAUUCUACUGUUAGUUGCUCUGAAGGAAGCUGCGACAAGGAUCAGGUUUGCUGCAACACUGAAACCUGCGGAGCCAUUUGUGUCGCCCCGAGCAAGAUGCAACUGCAGACUGACGACAUUGAUGCCACUCCAACUAUGUGCGAAUACCUCCGUGAUUUCGACGAGAAGAUGGAAGGUACGGUGGACGGCAUGCGCCUAGCUCUGCCGCCGCCGUCGUGCACUGAAGACGGCUCCUUCACCGCGAGACAGUGCGCCGCCGGACGCUGCUGGUGCGUCGACUCCUUCGGCACUGAGAUCCCGGAGACGAGGACCAGCAACUUCACUGCACUGGACUGUGCUAAAAUCCGCGAAGAGCUCUCAUGCCUGGACCUGACGUGCCGCAUGGGCUGCGACUACGGGUUCGAGCUGGGCGCCAACAAGUGCCCCACCUGCAAGUGCCGCGAGCCGUGUGCUGACGUCACGUGUCCUGACGGCAGGACGUGCGCGGUUGUGGAUGUCGCGUGCGACGCUGAUUACUGCCCGCCUGUGCCUGCCUGUCUCCCACGCAAGCUCGGCCAAUGUCCGUUCCUUGUGCCACCAAAUGGAGCGUGUGAGUGGGCGUGCCGCUUCGACGCUGAAUGUGGACCUUCAGAGCGCUGCUGCGCCACCGGCUGUGGAACAGCCUGCACCAAAGCAGUCCACCAGACCGCCUGCCAACAACGAAGGGCCUUAGCCAUCCAUGACGCAGCUGAAAGUGGAAACCCUCCAGCGGACAGCUGGAUCCCAGCGUGCAAGGAAGACGGGUCGUAUGAGGACGUGCAGUGCAAAAACUCUGAGAGGGAAUGCUGGUGCGUUGAUCCCACUGGCAAUGAGAUUCCCGGAACCCGCUCAGCAAACUCGACGCUGUCUUGUUCAGCUCCAUCAAAGUGCCCCGAAAUCACGUGCAAUGACAUCGAGCUGCAGUGCCCACACAGCAGGAAGCUAGACGAUAAGGGAUGCCCCACUUGUGAGUGCAGAGACCCCUGCGCAGAAGCCAAAUGCCGUGAUGAUGAGAAGUGUGAACUGAUGAAAUUGGACUGUGAGGGUGAGUCCUGCCCUCCCAUAGCCCGCUGCGUGCCAGCCCCACUGUGUCCUGACGGUGGCUCUCCUAUCCAGACCCCAGACGGGUCGAGCAACCUGAUCUGUGGCCCCACAGCCGCCGCCUGCCCCUCUAGCCACGCGUGUCGCUUCGCACCUCAUGAUUCACGACCACCUGUCUGCUGUCCUAAGCCUCGUAUGGUGUGCUUCGAAACCAUGGAAGAAGGAGUUUGCAAAGACCACGAAGGUCUGAAUACAACCAGGUGGCAUUUCAACCCUGAACACAACCGCUGCGAGAGGUUCCAGUACCACGGCUGCGCCGGCAACCAUAACAACUUCAGAACCAAGAAGGAGUGCAUGGCCGUGUGUCCCGUGCUAAGCGCGUGUGAGAGACUUCGCGAGAAGAAUGAAGCUGCCGCCCAGAAAUAUGGAAAAGCGUAUUUCAUUCCAAAGUGCGAUGCCGGUGGUGCUUGGGAAAAUGUUCAAUGCAUGUCUCACAUUGACGUUUGUUGGUGUGUGAGUACAAGAGGUGAGCCUCUAAAGGGUUCUCUCGUGAGAGGUGACAAACCAAACUGCAACUUCAGACAAGCUAGGAAGUGGAAACAACGAGAUCCUCUAGAUGAAAAGGCUCAAGCCGAUGAAGUUCUUGAAGAACUCAUCAGGCAAAUGACAGCCUACACUUUUGAGGAGUAUGAAGAGGAUGACACAGAAGACCGUCUUAUAGAUAAUAAUGAUGUUCCCGAAGAACCACAAAAAGAUGAACCACAGAUCAUAGAACAGCAAGCUGAACUAAGAAGCAUAUUGGAUGAAAAAGAAUCUUUGACCACUGACUCGUCCAAAUCAGAAGAAAAGAAGGAAACUGCAGAAGUUAUUUCAAGUACUACUGAAAAAGUUAAGCCUGACGAAAAACCAAAGGAAGAUACAAAGAAACCCAUGGAAAAACCAACAAAAACAGUGUUUAAGACUAAAUGCCAGCUGCUCCAACAACAAGUCGAAAAUGGGUCGGAUGGUGUAAGACCGAGGUGCAUGUCAGACGGAUCGUUCUCCCCACGGCAGUGCUCCCGGGGCCGCUGCUGGUGCGUGGACGCCGCCGGCCAACGGAGGCCCAGCCUUGGAGUAGUGCCGGACUUACCUGAACCGGACCCUUGCGAACUAACCCAGAUCGAAUCAGCGUCCCUCGAGCUGGAGAUCUUCAAAGUCGACGAAUCCAUAGCUGAACGGUCCAGGAAGCUGUUGACCACCAAGUUGGCAAGGCUGGGAGCCCGAGUGCCAGUCACUCUGGCGAAGGACCGCGAGGUGAUCACCGUCAGGACCAUGGUAGCAGGGCCACGAGCCGUGGACAUCAUAUAUCAGGUGGAAAACUGGUUGAAAGAAGAGAAGUUGUCGGGCGUGAAGAAGGGCACCGAGGGGGUACUGUCAGCUGACGUGAUCCGCAGCGAGUACCGGCUGACUGCACCAGCGCCCGCUAUGCAACAGAGGGAGAUCGUCACUGAAUCCACGCUAUCAUCAACAACGGCAUAUCACACUGCUAUAAUUGUCCUGGCAGCAACGUCAGCCUUCAUCAUCAGUGUUCUCUGCGUCAUAGUGAUGCUAUACAGAGCCAGGCUACAAAGAGAACCGCACAAAGCUGAGAGAUUCUUACCUCCGGCCCCACCAGUUUAUGUUUUAUCAGCCGACGAGAAAGCGGAAUUAGCGAGAGUUCUACACCCGCCGCCACCCAUUCAUCCUCAACCGUCGAACGACUCCAUGAGAAAUUAAUUUUAGCGCCAAAAUUGGGCUGCGUUCAAGUUGCAUGUUUUUCACAGUAUUGAGUUUGACAGAAAAAGG